AUGUCUUUACCUGAUAUCAAUCGAUACGUCGCUCUUGAUUGCGAGAUGGUAGGAGUACGCGAUCCCGACAGAUUCGGCGGUCAGAUGUCCAGGGCAGCCCGUGUGGCCAUAGUGAAUCACUAUGGAGGUGUUUUGUUCCACUCGUACAUUCAUGCUCCUCGUCACGAAGUACUGGACUGGCGAAGUUACAUAACUGGUAUCUAUCCAGGAGACCUCGAUAAUGGUCAGGUCUUCAACAUCCUUAGAGGCAAAAUUAUUGUUGGGCAUUCUGUCAACCAAGAUCUGGAUGCUCUUGGGUUCACUGCUCCGGCCUCCAUUUUACGUGAUGUAGCGACCUACCGACCUUUCCUCUUCGAUGGUCAGCUCAGAUCUCUACGUGACCUUGCCAGGAAUAUCCUAGGCAGGUCGAUCCAAGUCGGCGUACAUGAUCCGGUUGAAGACGCUCAAGCUUCCAUGGAUAUCUUCCUCGCCGUCAGGAGGGCAUAUGAGAAGUCCGUGUCUAAUGGCAAUUUGUCUGCUUUUUACUCCCAGUUCAGGAUUCGAGCUCUCGGAUUGCUAAGAGGUAACGCCGUAGCGACAGAGGGCGUUCCUUCCAACCUCUCAGACAACCAAGCGGGCGACAACCCAAGUCGGGGUUGA